AUGGCUCAGAUUGAAGCAUGGAAUCUACGCGAUGCCUGGCUGCUGCUGCUGCUUCAGGUCCAGAAAGUGACCCACCUACCUCCCCAGCUCACGCUGGUGGCAGAGGGCACAGAACGAGUGCUCGCCGUUCGCUCACAUGGUCACAGCUGGGAGGGAGAUGGGAAGGCUGACGAGAAGAGCGCAGAUGCGUGCAACGUGCUGGAGGAGGAGAUCUGCGACGAGAUGACGGGAGGAGGAGCUAAGAGCAUGGACCUGCAGGACGCGGGGGCUCGGCAGGCCCAAGGGCUCCUGCUGGAUGGGCGGCUAGCGUAUCCACGAGAGGACACGUUCUACUGUGAAGCUAUGAUCCAGUGGAACAUCGCGUGCCUAUCUCAGCUUCGAGCGUUCGCAGCCGGGGCCAGGGCGAGCAAGAGUGUCCUCUCGACCCUCCAGGAAGGAAUCGAUGCCCUGAGCAAGACCUUCUCGUCGCUCCCCAUACAGUCAGCGACACAGGACAUUUUGACCCAAGUGAAGAAGCGACGUACCUCUCCCUCCUCCUCUCAGGCGAGUCAACAACCGAAUCCCGAGGACGCCAACGUAGAGGAGCUAGGGACAACUCAGCUCUCACGCCUCAAGGAGAUCGUGCAGGCAGGGCUGCUGCUGCAUGCUCUCGGCGACCUCAACGGGAAGCUGGGGUUUGCGGGGAACGGCGACAUCAGUCAGGGGAGGGGGCACUACUCGGUGAAGGGAAGCGGAGCUCAGUUCAAUCAUCUCUACGGAUACUCCCUGCUCCUGAUCGACGAGGUCCUGACAAGCUCCUCCUUCGGGCCCCAGGGAAAGCUUGCAGCAGACCUGAUUUGCGAUCCCUCCAACUCGGCCAGACAGCUGCUGCUCUACGGGGAGCCCUCCUUCGCUGCAGGGCUGUGGCAAAGUCUGGCCAACAACGAUGGGGGGGGAGGAGCCGGUUCCUGCCCGUCCUCAGGCUCCUCAUCCGACGACUACCAGACUGCUGCCUUCAACUGCUAUGUGAUCCGCAGGGUCCACAUGCAUGCCGAGCCGUCAAGGAACGCAACUCUCCUGUCUGUGCUCAACGCCAUGCUGCGAGUCGCUCGAGAGCUUGCGGGCGAGUGUUUUCCUGUUACCUUCAGUCUUCCUUCACCCUUCGCUCCUCUUAUCAUUUCAGAAUUGAGAUAG